UACUCCCAGUAAAAAAGUAGCCGUUUUCCCUCUUUCCUUCUCUCUCUCUAUAAAACUCUCUUCCUCCAUUUUUGAAUCCACCCCUUUUCCAUUUUCUCUCUCCUCAAAAUCCCCCAAAAAUUGAUUUUCUCUCUCCUCUUUAACAGAGAAAAUUUCAAUUUAAUCGACCGAAAAUGCGUGAAAUCCUUCAUAUUCAAGGGGGUCAAUGUGGUAACCAAAUCGGUUCUAAGUUCUGGGAAGUUGUUUGCGCUGAACAUGGCGUCGACACCACCGGAAAAUACCAUGGUGACAGUGACCUUCAACUGGAGCGUAUCAAUGUCUACUACAACGAAGCGGGUUGUGGGAGGUUCGUUCCUCGGGCCGUUCUUAUGGAUCUUGAGCCCGGUACCAUGGAUAGCAUCAGAUCCGGCCCGUAUGGUCAGAUUUUCCGGCCCGAUAACUUUGUGUUUGGUCAGUCUGGUGCUGGGAAUAACUGGGCUAAGGGUCAUUACACUGAAGGUGCUGAGUUGAUUGAUUCUGUUCUUGAUGUUGUUCGCAAAGAAGCUGAGAAUUGUGACUGCUUACAAGGGUUUCAAGUUUGUCAUUCAUUGGGAGGAGGUACUGGAUCUGGGAUGGGAACUUUGUUGAUUUCGAAGAUUAGGGAGGAAUACCCAGAUCGAAUGAUGAUGACUUUCUCAGUUUUUCCAUCACCAAAGGUGUCUGACACUGUGGUUGAGCCUUACAAUGCUACUUUGUCUGUUCAUCAGCUUGUUGAGAAUGCAGAUGAGUGUAUGGUUCUUGAUAAUGAAGCUUUGUAUGAUAUCUGCUUCAGGACUUUGAAGCUCACUACUCCUAGCUUUGGUGACUUGAAUCAUUUGAUAUCAGCAACCAUGUCUGGAGUAACAUGCUGUCUGAGGUUCCCUGGUCAAUUGAACUCUGACCUCAGGAAACUUGCAGUCAAUCUAAUUCCAUUCCCCAGGCUUCAUUUCUUCAUGGUUGGUUUUGCUCCCCUCACAUCUCGUGGAUCGCAGCAGUACCGCUCCUUGACAGUCCCUGAGCUAACCCAGCAAAUGUGGGAUUCUAAGAACAUGAUGUGUGCAGCAGACCCACGUCACGGUCGUUACUUGACAGCCUCUGCAAUGUUCAGAGGAAAGAUGAGCACAAAGGAAGUUGAUGAGCAGAUGCUUAACGUGCAAAACAAGAACUCUUCCUACUUUGUUGAGUGGAUUCCCAGCAACGUCAAGUCCACUGUCUGUGACAUCCCACCCACCGGUUUGAAGAUGGCAUCGACAUUUAUUGGUAACUCGACAUCAAUCCAGGAGAUGUUCAGGAGGGUGAGUGAGCAGUUCACUGCUAUGUUUAGGAGGAAGGCUUUCUUGCAUUGGUACACCGGAGAAGGGAUGGACGAAAUGGAGUUCACUGAAGCCGAGAGCAACAUGAAUGAUUUGGUUGCAGAGUAUCAGCAGUAUCAGGAUGCAACAGCUGAGGAGGAUGAAUAUGAAGAUGAGGAAGAAGAGGAACAGUAUGAAUGACAACAAGUUUGUGCCAGUAGUUUUUUAAAGUAACUAUGAAGAAAUGUUUAAAAAGAUAUUUUGUCAAAGUUGGUUGUAACCUCAACUUCCAGUUGUAGGAAAACUGACUUAAAUUCACCAAUUAAGCUGUAUUUUGUGACAUUGUAGGAAUUUGCAAGAAUGUUGAUCAAGUUCUGAGUUUUUGUUGCCAAUGGCUUCUUUUUAUUUUGUGAUAGUGCAAAUUAUUUUAAUUUUCA